CUGUAUCUUUCAGUUUCCCUCCUGCUUUCACUUUUUCAACCACCUGCAUCUGCAUCGACACCAGCAUCUAAACUAUGCGUCUUCCAUUCGCCACUGCAACUGCUUUCCUCGCAGCCACUGCUGUUGCAAACCAGGCUGCGGAGCCUGAGGACAACGCUAUCUUUGAGCCCUCGUACAACCAGGCAGCCAGGUCAUUCGACUUGGACUAUGACUUUAACGGCUACGACGGCGCCAACAACCAGCGUGCCAAGCAUAUCCAAAACAACCAGCGUGGUGGCGGGUAUGGCGCGCUUUUUGACAUCCUAGGAUAUCUAGCUGAGGGUACCACCAUCCCGGCCAGGCGUGUUCAGACCAACCAGCGCGGUGGCUACGAAGAUUAUUACGACUAUGAGGAUAUGUACAACCAGCGUGGCGGCCGGCGCCGCAAAGGUCUGAAGAAGUGGGGCGACAACGGCAAUCAGCAACCAGUCAACAAUGAGGGUGAACAGUAUGUGGAGGAUGGACAGGUAUACGAUGAAGAGUAUGAAGAUCAGCAGCCUGAGGGCGCCAACCAGCGCAGCAAACCGCGUCGCAAGAGCACCAAGAGCACCAAGAGCACCAAGAGCACCAAGAGCGGCAAGAAUCGCAAUGGUGGCAGGAAGUCAGGCCCUGAUUUUGGCGACCGAGUUGUGGACGGUCUCACUCAGGCCGGCAUCGAUGCCGCCACUCUCGCUCAGGCCUGGACAAACCAGCAGCCUCAAAACAAUAACGGUGAGCAGCAGGUCGAAGACGAAGCUAGCCAGGAGUUUGAGGAGGACACUAACCAGGGGCUUGAGGAAGAGGAGGACACAAUGCAGGUUGAGGAGAAUGUGAAGCCGCGCGGUGGUGUCAAUAAGAGGAGCCCUGCUGCCUUUGUGGCUCCGUCGGAGGAUUGGCUCCGCCGCAACCCUUCUCUUGCCCGGAAGUACCGUAACCACGAGAUUAUGUUCUAAACCUAACAGCAGAUUCUGUCGGCUAGCAUCAACACAUUUUGUAUUUCCACCACACCCAGCAUUACAUCACCAAUACACCAUGACAC